CCACCCCUCUCAAGUUCGGCGCGUCUCGCCCUAACGAUCCAUCCCGGUCGCCCGCCAAACGCAUUCCGCUCGACGAUGCCGUCGCGCAGGGCGCCAUCUCCCCUCAGAAAGCUGCCGAGCUGCGCCAGGCCAAGGUCGGGCUCUUCGGCUCCGCCGUCUUCACCGCUCGGGCGAACGCCGGGCCGACUACGCCUGCCCGGCGGAUCACGAUCGAGGAGGCGAAGGAACGCCACCGCGCGUUCGGCUCGCCGGGGAAACCUGCCUCGGCGCGCGCUGCCUCUGCGGACCCUCAACCGCGCCUCGUCAUUCCGGAGACCCCGGUGCGGGGCAAGGGGCGCGCUGCCAGCGAGCAACCCACGGAACAGGCGCAGGCUCGGACGCGCGCGAUACGGUUCCACAACCUGCACCCUCCCCCACCCGACGGCGAUGCGACCGACCUGCCCUUUCCCAUCAGUCCAUCGCCGGCCAAGAGGGUGCUCGCGCCUGCUAUGAUUCCGGAGGAACCGGAGGAACCGAGUAGCCCCAUCGCGGCGGGGGCACCCCGAGAACCGACACCACCGGGGCCCAGCGGUACAGCAGAGAGCGGCAAGCACUCUCCUGCUCCUUUGGCUUCUCGCCCGGCGAAGGGCACGCUACGGCAGCCUUCCCCGGCGAAAGAGAGUCGGAUACCCAGGAUCGGUGCCAAACCGUACGCGCGACCGACGGCCGCGAGUGGCAGAACAACUAAGGAAAGCAAGAUAACCACGCCUGCUUCCGCUCCACCAGCGGGCAAGUCCAAACCCGCACCCUCUGUUGUACGGAAAACGGCUCGCAUCGUCCGGGUGAUCUCCAGAGCAAGGACACCAUCGGACGAUAGCUCGGACAAAUCGGGUUCAGGAGUGCCUGCCGCCCAGACCACAGCCGCCCCACCAAGGACAACUGCAGUUCGUCAAGGGAGAUUUGCCAAACCUACAACCGUAGCACCCGCCUCAGCUCCCGUGGGCUCGCUGAAGCGUAAGAGGGAACCGGGGCCUCCUUCGCCGCCGCCUGUCGUUGUCGCCCGCAUGGUCCGACCCGGGACUUUCACACAUCCGAAAACGGGUCCCCCGAAAUCUGAACCUCCCGCGGCUAGCAAACGUAUCCCUGAAGUGACCAUCAUCAGCCCGCCCGUACGGACCAUUCCGCGACCGCGGUCCGCCGCAGGGGCAACAGUCUCCAAGCGACGCACUAAGGUUGCAGAUCCUGACUCGGAGAUCGCCCCGACGGCUCCUACGAAGGCGAUCAAACCGCAAACGGAAGCAUCCGUCGAUAUUCCACCACCAGAGACUGUUGCGGAGGACGCCGCCACGGCACGUGAGGUUGUGCCUCCACCAGUCGAUGAUACCGAGCCCUCCAAAGUUGCAUCGCCGCCCGCCCAACAGGAACAGUCUGAAGAACCUGAACCGUCCAGUCGAGGACGCCGUACCCGUGCACGAUCCAAUUCGGUCACUGCGGACGCCCAACAAUCCGACGCACAGGAAUCCGACGUGGAAGGCGCCUCGGAAACACGCAGGACAAGACGUAGUCGCAAGCCGACGCAAGCCAACGAUGUAUUCGGCCCGCGUGUCGUCUCGUUGCAGCCGAAACGGAAAGAACCCCGGGACAGGUCGGCGCCACCCAACGCCGGCAUCUUCUGGGGUAUGACCGCCACGGCGCUUCGUGCCCUCACGAACUCGAACACCUCCAAGAACGAGCGGUACUACGCGACGCUUAAGACCGAGAUCGUCAGGAAAGAGGGCGAACGACCGGCCAGUCCUGUAAUGAAGGCCAAGACGAUAUCGCAGCGACAACAAGAGGAAAAGGAGCGUGGACGUCAGGAGCGGGCGGCGAGGAGAGCGCGGAGGAGCGAGGGCAGUGUAGCAGAGACGGAGGCCAGCUCGCAGGAUUGGGAUGAGGGGAACGUCGAUGCUGACGACCUCGAGGAUGUGCCUGGGAAGCAUCGGCGAGGUGCAGGAGACGAGGAAGACUACGAAACCCCGCAUCGAACACAACAGGCGCUGAGGCAGGGGGCCGGAGAAACCGAGGACGAGGGCAAGCCCAAGAAGCGGGUAAAAUGGGACCGGGGCCUCUUCACCACCGUAUGCCUGGAUGAGGUCUUGCCGAAGCCCAAGAAGCCGCAGAAGGAGGAUUUGACGAAGAGAGGCUGUCUGACGCCAAAAGCGAAGACACUGCGGUUGGAUUCUCUUGGGAACGUUCUCAACACGGACAUGCCGUUGAGUCUGGUACCGGAGAACAUCGUAGUGAAGAAGUUUAUAUAUGACAAUGAUGAGGGCGCCGAGCCUCCGCCUGAACCCAAGACGCCUGCUACCCGAAGCAAGAAAGCUAAGACAUAACGCAUCCUGUUGCUAUCAUUCAC